ACAGUUCUAAGAUAAUGGCAAAUAGAAAUCUUCAAUCUAUUUUUCGGCAGUGUUUUAGUGAAUACAGUUCAGUUGAAAAUAAUCUGUUUAUUAACAAUAGACUCUUUCAUAACGUAAAAAUAACAGAAACAAAUGCACAAGACAAAAAAUCAUUUUCAAAUGCAAGCGUUGAGUACAUUGUCGGAGAAGGCUUACCUUGUUAUUGGCUUUGGACAAAGGCCUUUGAAGAAAUUACGGAAAGCUACUGUGGAGAGAACAAAGGAACUUUAAGAGAAUGCAUUAUUGCGCUUUUUGAAUUUCUACAAGAUGAAAACAACAGCAGUCAAUUGUUAAAAGUUAAAAAGGCAACCACUGUGGCAGAAAUACAGGCAAUUCUUAGCCAUCAUUUGUUUGCACCAUUAGUUUCUUCAGGAAGUUAUAUUAAUGAUGAGCAGUUUCCAGACCAUUUAAAAAAAUGUCCAGCAUGUGGUGAAAACCUUGAACUUGGAGAUACAUCUUUUGGCAAUUAUAAGGUAUGGCAUGGUCAUCCAGAUAUUGCAAUUGACAGAUGUCUUGUCAAAAUAGGAACUGAAAAUGAUGAAUGUGUAGAGGAUACAGACAUAUUUGAAUAUGAGUUAACAGAUCCAGUUUCUAAAAAGAUCAAAAUAGAGGACGAUGCAAGAGAAACAGGAGGUUGUGAUGAAGGGUCAGAGUUGAAAGGUUACAAUGAAAGCCUUAUGAGCAAAAAUAAUGAAGUAGAAAAUACUUUGGAUCAAGUAUUUGCUCAGACUAUAACAAAUGCAUUCUAUCAAGCAAAGGACAAUCCAGAGCUUCAAAAUCUAUUUAUUCCAUCAUUCCUUGCCACAGAUGAAAAAGUACAGAUUCUUAUGUAUAAUGCUGACAAUGACAGAAUGUUGAAGUCUCAGGAUAUGGAACUUUUCAGUGAUAUAAGUGACAAUGGUUUGAAUAAUGGAACUGUCAUCUGUAUAUGGUUUGCCUUAAAUUUUAUGGACUUUCAGCAAAAAGAGUUAGAAAAUGAAUUUGAAGCUAUCAGAUUUGAAAAAUCAGGUUUUCAAGAAAAGCUGCGAGAUGAAAUUCUUUCUAUAUAUCAAAGUGAGUUGGUGAGACCCUUGCCAAUGAAUGACAGUGAGAAAGAAUGCCGAAAUGUUAAAGGAACUGCUUAUCAUCUUUGGAAUUCUGAUCAUACCAGAAGAAUGAAGGAAAGGUUGGACACAUUAGAUGAAAAGUAUUGGACGAAGUCUCAUCAUUAAUGAUACAGAAGCAUAUUAAUAGAUAUGAAUAUGUUCAUCAAGGUAUUCAAACCACACAUAUUAUGGUCAUUAGUCAACCAUGAUUACUUGACAUCACAGACAUUCAUGUAAAAACUUAUGUCACAAUAGAAAAUGUCUGACACCACAGUGUUAAAGGGAUUGUUGUAUGAUGCCAAUAGGUGAAAUAUUGCAGAUAUCCAAAUGGUAAAAGAUCAGUUUUGGUCGUUUUCUCCGUAGCUGGAUGUGGCCUUAAUAUAAUAUUAGUCAGAGCUCAGACAUAGAUAAGUCUAAUUUUGCUUUUGACUUGUAGAGGUCUAAAUUUGCAUGGUUCAUGGGUUUUCUCCCUUUAUUUCAAAACAAAAAAGACUCCCAACAAGUCAACUAAUGUUAAGCCAGGGGUUAAAAAAAUUUGUAAUAGCUCACUAGCCCAGGACUUAUUGAUAGCAGGAUUUUACUAGUCCUGUUGAUAGAACUGCUAGCCCAGCAAAACAGACCUGCUAGCCCGGGCUUCCAACAAAUAUUUGAGUCAGCUGGACAUUUUCUUCUGAUUCAGAUUUCAAUCUCGUAAGACUUAGUAACAAAUUCAAUUAUUGUUAAAAUGUUGGCAUAUCAAAAUGCCUGAAUGAUUGACAUAAAAACGAUAUUAAACUUCAGAAGACUUUUGAUAUAAUUUUGAAGUUCUGACGUAAACUGUUUAAUUAACUGUGCAUCAUACGAAAUGUUUCAAAAUUAGUGUACUAAAAUCUGCCUUAGACUCUUUAUUAUUGCAAUAUCACGCUGUCAGAACUGUACUUUCCUUUUAAGAGCACAUUUCCUAAUACUGGAUGUUGACUUGACAAUGGUAAAACACGUACCAAAGAUGGACAAGAAAAAUCUGUGUACGCUUUUAAAGCACAAUUCAGUUUAGGUAGUUCUUUCCACGUUAUUUCUUCUUGAACUUAACGUUAGAUAACGGUAUCAAUGAUUUUGUUGGCAUUUUUGAAGAAUUCAGAUGCAAAAUUAAAUCUCACACCUGCGCACUUAACUUUUUUUAAAACUUUUUUUUAAUUUAUCAUUAGAAUUUUAUUUUGAUAUGUAUUUCUGAAAGGCUAAAUAAUUUUUACUAAGUAACAGGUCAUAUCAAUCAAUGCAUCAUACCCCUCAGUAUCACUAAUUGAAAGUCUCGGCUUGAGCAAUGUACAAUACCCCAAGUAUUGAGAAAUCAAAAAUGAAAGUACAGGAAUUGCAAUCAAUACAUGAUACCGGUCCACCCAGUUAUUCCUUCUAUUUUUAAAUCAUGUAAAAAAUCAGUUCAAAUUCCUGGAAUCCUGAAUGAAGUAAUUAUAUCCGAUUGGCUAAGAUAAAAAUAAUGAGGAAGGGAUUUUCUGUAUCUAUUUUGGUAAUGUCAAUAACCUUUUUUUACUAGUCCGUCAGGCAUAUUGAUGACUAGUUUUGAUUGCCCAAGGCGUAAAUGUUUUAGUCCCGGGCGUCAGGCUAGUGGAUUUUUUAACCCCGGUUAAGCAAAAAAUAUUUGACCUUUAUCAAAAUGUUGAAUUAAUGACUUCUUCAAGUCGAAAAGUUACCAAUAUUGGUUAACUUCAAGACCCAUGCACAAAUAUAAAAAGGUCAAGCAUCUACAUGAAAUUGAGACAACAUUGUUAGGCAAUGCUUUGUCUUCUGAAGAAAAAUAUGAGUUUGAUUCUAAAAAAACGGAGACAAUGUCCAUUCACUUUCUUAUGCAAUCAUUUAUAACCACUAAAAUCUGAAAAAAAACUGAGAUGUAACAAAAAACUGUUCAAUCAGAUCAUUACUUGUAGAUAGCUCAGGUCCUUGUAAAUUAUCAGAAUGUUUUUUAUUGUCAUAGGGUACUUUGACCACAAAGUCAAAUAAUGUGUUUCAUCCUGUUUUAUGAAUCAUAAAUAGACUAAAACAAGUCUGUCAUUUUCUGAGUGAGACAAGUCCAAAAUUGUAAACACAUUUUUUAUUAAAAUACAUGAUUUGACUCUUAUAAGUCAGAAACAAAAACAGACUUGUUUAUGUCUGAGCUGUGACGUAAUAUAAAAUAUUUUAUAUUUAAAUGUUGGAAAUUUACAUUGAUAAAUUCUGUGUAUACUAUAUAUAAUGAGAUUAUAAUGCUGUCAAGUUUUUAAAUAAUAUUUUAUAAGUUUGCUGAAGCUGUAGCCAUGAUGUUACUAUUAUACUUAGGGUUUUUCCAUUUAAAUGAAAAUAGCAGGGUUUAUAAUGGACUUGGGUCCUAGGUUAUUAGGUUUUAUAUGUUCAUAAACAUGAUAUAUAAUAUGUACAAAAUUUCUAAAAGAAAGUAGGUUAGUUGUUAGGGGAACUUUGUAAUUACAAAAUGUAAUGUCCUACCCUCCCACAACUUAAUGGAAUAGCCCUUGCAAAUGCACACCCUGGUUUUUCAGUGGUCACAUGGUCUAUUUCUGAACUGAUGAUUGAAAUGUUUUCUGUCCUUUUAAUGGUACUGUGCAGCUAAGACUUUUGGAUUCACUUUGGUAAUCUCAUAAAACCAAUAAUCGGAUAAUAUUUUGUGAACAAAUUCAUGACAUACUUUAAUUUCAUGAACUCUUCUUUAUGUAUGGUUUCACCAUUAAGAUUUUAUGUAAUGUGAGUCCAAAAUUAGUGUUUUGACAGUUCUUCAAAUGUCUGGAGAUUUUGCGCGUUCCUUCCAAAAAUAGCUAAUUUUGUUUACAGGAAAGAUUUUAUACUACAAAAUAUAGUUCAGUUUGAACCAAACAGACUGACAAGGAUGCGGAGCAACAUUUAUGUCAUUUUGAUAAGAAAUUGACUGAAAUUGAAACCAACUUUAUUUGAUGAUGUAUGUUUUUUAAUGGAAAAUGGCUAAAUAUGGUUAAUCAUGGGAUUGCAAUUAUAAAUUUAUGCUUGAACUUAUCAA